AUGGUAUCUUAUGCUUGGACAGGAACACAAGAUCUUGCUUAUGAAGUAGCUGAACAAUUAAAGAAUGAAAACAUUCCAAUUUGGAUGGAUAUUCGAAAUGGACUUGGCGGAAAUAUUAAUGAUGGAAUGGCUGAAGCUGUAGAAAAUAGUGCGGCUGUUUGUUUCUUCAUGACACCAGAAUAUCAAAGUUCAAAAAGCUGUAGAAAAGAAUUAGAAUAUGCUGAAAAAUUAGAAAUCCCAUUAAUACCCUGUCGAUGUCGUGUAGAUUUCAAACCUUCUGGAUGGCUUGGUAUUAUCUCUGCUGGUUUAUUGUGGUAUGAUUUUCGAGAUUUAUCAGAUAAACCAGUAAAUAAUACAAUGAAUAAAUUAAUUAAUUAUAUACAAAUGAAUAUUUUUAAAACGACACCAACUGUAUUUCCUGAUCUUGAAGGUCGAACAUUACCAAUUAUAUUUCGUAAUCGUCAUCAAUUUCGAACUAUAGAAAAACAAUCUAUAACUAAUCAAGACGAAACAACAUUCUCAAAACUGAAUCAAUUAAAUAAUGAAAUUUCAUCUCUUUAUAAUACAGAUUUUGAUAAUGAACAAAAUGGUCAUCGUUUUACUUCAUCAUAUGAUCUUAUUGGUACAAAACAAAUGCUUAUGCCACUUGAAGGUUAUGAAACUGAACCAAUUGUAUCACUUGAAAAAUCUAUUGAAUUAUUAGUAGAUUUAUUUAAUGAUGAUAUUCAUCGAUAUGUUUUUAUAGCUAAACAAAAUACACGUACACCAAAAGAUAGUUUAACAUCUGAUGAAUCAGCUGCAAUUCAUCUUUAUUCAAUGCAAUGGCCUAAUAUUGAUGAUAGUUUAUAUAUUCAUCUUAAUCGAGCAUUACGUGGAGUUAAUCGACAAGUUAUUAUACCAUGGUUUUCUUAUUUAAAAUUAUUUUUAACUGCUUUAUUUAAAUUACCUUCAUGCCAUAAAACAAUAUGGCGUGGUGUAAAAGCUGAUUUAAGUAAUCAAUAUAAUAAAGAUCAAGAUAUAAUCUGGUGGGGUGUUAGUUCUUGUGCUAUAUCUGUUAGUGUUAUUGAACAAUUUAUUGGUCAAACAGGUACAAGAACAAUAUUUUCAAUUGAAGCAAUAAAUGCCAAAUUUAUUCGUGAACAUGCUUAUUUUAAAGAAGAAGAUGAAAUUAUUCUUCCUCCAGGAACUUAUCUUAAAGUGAUAGAUAAAAUACAACCAGCAAGAGAUCUUACAAUUAUCCAUUUAAAGGAAAUUAUACCUCCUUUUCCUUUAGUUGCAUCUCCAUUUAAUGAUGAUGAUAAUAAUCAACAAGAACAAUGUCAAAUUAAUUCAUCAUAUUCAAACCAACAAAGAGAAAUUAGAUCAGAAUCUAUAGUUAAGAAUAUUACAAAUCAAUUAUGUCAAAAUAUGGAUAGAACACAGAUAACAUCAGAAAAUAAAUAA